AUUUCUCUUUCUCUUUCUCUUUCUUUGCGGGAAUCGUUAGGGUACACUCUUGUAGUCUUGUUGGCCCCUAACAACAACAACGUACUGGGUCCCACAUCAGCGUCCCCAUUUUUUCAUCUACUAUCAAACACAAAAACACCUUCUUCUCUCUCUUCUGUGUACUAAUUUUCCAACCAAACCGUGUCUUCAUUCUUUCACUUCCUUCCACCGUUCUUUUCGUUAAUCUUGUUUGCUUUAGUUAACUUUCCUUUUUCUCAUUUUUCUCUCUAACUAAUACAAAUACUAAUACAGUUGCAUCCAUUAAUUAAAAAAGAUUAUAAUUAUAAAAAUAAAACUGUAGUAUUUUGGAACCUAGCUGUAGUUUUCUAGUAUUCAUAGCUAGCGGUGUUUAUUGUACUUGUAUGAUCCUCAAUCUUCUUCCUUUCCCUCCCAUGUGCUCAUUCUUGUUUUCUUCUUCUUUUUCCCUUUCACCAUUCAGCUUCACAAAACCCAAUUUUUGAGGUAUUCAACUCAAAAUCACCUUCUUCUCUUCAUCUUGUUGCUCAGAUUCUUGAGUUUCUCUUCUCUGUCUUUCCUCAGAUCCAACUCCACCUUAAUUAAUCAGGAUUAUGAGUUUGAGAGAAGGUUGUAAAUUGUAAUUAUUAAUCUUGAAUAGUAGAGGUAGAAGAUGGAAAAUGUAAGUUUAUGGAUUCAAAAAGAGGAUUUGUGCGGUGAUAGGGAAGAGUUAUCAGAUGAAUUAGAGUCUUCAAAAUCACGUUUAAACAAGUUGAUUAAAAGGUCUAAUUCUCAUUCAUCAAUACCUGUAAAUGCUAUUCAAUCACAAAUUAGUAAAGUUUUCUUCAAGGGUUUAUUUUUUCGACACGGUAAUGGACUCGACAACAGGAUUCCGAAGCAUAUGGUAAGUGUCGACGAGAAAUAUCUUCGUCGUUGUCUCGAAUUGGUACAUAACUCUGCAUUAAAAGCGGCGCAAUGGAACACACCGAUGAGUUUAAGAGGAUCGAACAUAGAGAGUUUAUCAGAAAGUUUAAAUUCGGGUAAAUUCUUUCAUGAAAAAUUUGUUUUUGAUUGUCCUGUCGCGACUGAGAUCGGGGGAGUAGUUAUGAAUACUGAUGAUACUGGAGAAGAGUGGAGUUUAGGUUCGGUAAUGGAGAGCAAGAGUAUGAUAAAUAUAUUGAAUAGUGCUUUGCUUCGGAAAUUUGGUGAUUCAGAGAGAAAUGAGAAUUUGAACAGGAUGAAUUUUUCUGAUGCGAAAGGAUUGAUAUGCUACGAUUUUAUCGACUCUUCUAGCAGUUUAAGCGUCUCUUCAUCGUAUAACCUUGAUAAGGAAACAACACCGUCGGUACAAAAGUAUGGAUCCAUUCCUUUUCAUAAAAGGCUUGCUUCCACGUCUAGCGCCACCUCUACUUCUUCUGAUUGGAUGUCGUCGACUUCUGUUAUAUCUCAGGGGAUGAUUCAAUGUACGUGGAAGCAAGGGGUUCCUCAUUUUAUUUUUUCCGCAGAUGAUCAAAAAGAGGUCUAUGUAGCGAAUUUGAGGAAGGUAAUAGACUCAACCGAUCGUAAGGCUUUGGACUAUGUGUAUCAGUUUCACUUAAACAAGGGUGAUCGGAAGGGUCGUGAAAUUGCUGACGAGGAUUUGCCGCUUGUCGGGAAGAUGAAUGUAUCAACAAGUUUCACUCUUUGUCCGAAUAAUAAUUGUAGAGUAAUGGAGACAGAGUUCACGUUAUUCCAGAACAUUGAAGUUUACGAUAACGCAUCAGAGUAUUCUCAUCCAGUGAAGAACAAGGGGCUAAAGAAAAAGGUGUCAAAAGUUUUCAGAACGAAUCCAUCGUCAAAACACAGAACACUCUCGAAGUUCAUCGGACCAGGCGGUGUAUCAGAGAGUUGUCUGUGGGAUCCAUAUACUCAUGGUGGAAUCAACUUAUUAGAGACUAAUGUUCCUCCGAAUUUUGAAAUGGCUUCGAUUGUUGUAAAAGACCACCUUCCUUGUAAUAAACCACAAACAAUAGGCGGUUGGGGCUUAAAAUUUCUCGACAAAUCAGGCGCAAAUAAAACCGCGUCGCCAUCUGAAAGUUGUAAUAAAAAUAAUGACGACUGUUCAUCGAGUAUGAGCAUUCUCGUUCCAGCAGGCCUUCAUGGUGGUCCUAGAACCAGAAAUGGCGGCCCGUCCAGUUUGAUUGAUAGAUGGAGAUCCGGCGGUCACUGCGACUGCGGUGGUUGGGAUGAAGGAUGUCCAUUGACAGUACUCCAGAAAAAAUCUAGCAAAGUGGAAGUUCUGUCUACCGUAGAUACCAAAGGCGAGUGCGUGUCAGUUGAUUUAGUUACUCAGGGUUCGAACGAUAUUAGUCCAGCCUUAAGGAUGGUAAAUGUUCAUGACGGUCUAUAUUAUAUUCAUUUCCAUACACCUCUUUCUGCACUUCAGGCUUUCUCCGUUUCCGUGGCUAUAAUUCAUAUGCAAAGUCCUACUCUACGGCCAAAAAGUGUGCAGGAACUGUCAUAAUACAAGUAAAACACAGUUUAUUUACAGCCAUAAUGCUCUAUCUGUAUUAUAAAUACGAUCAAAGAGAAGAUUCUGGUUUUUAUAUGUGAUUCAGGUUUUGUUCCUAUGUUUAGGACUGUUACUUUGUCAUAGAGGCAGAUGUUAUCUUAUUUAGGAGAUCUAUAGACAAGAUCAUGUAACCAUCUUUUUCCUCAUUCUUUUUAGUUGAAGAGGAUAGAAUGUAAAAGGGUUUACUGAAGAUAGUUUGCUAAGUUAUAGCAUUGAGGUUGUGUUUAUCAUAUUUGUUGGUGAGAAGUGGAAUUUAUUUAACACCUAAUUAUUCUAUGGUUAGUUGUAUGCAGAUAGUUUUGUAUGUACUAUAUAUUCAAACUUAAUUUUUGAGUUGGAAUGCCGAUUCGUCUCA